CCCUACAAAAUGAGCCUAAAUACGCCCCCCUACGACCACCCGUUCGGGAGUUAUUGAGGAAAAACGAAAUGUCUUGUUAAAAGUUCGCUAAUUCGACCGUCGAAUUUCGUCAAUCUUCUUGGUUCGCAUCUGUGAACGCUAGAUGGCGCCACUAGCAACUCCAAAUUCAUUGGAGCCAAGUACUUUCGCGGCCAUAACCGCUAGAUGGUGCCACGUGUAUGCUCUCAAUGCCCCAAAAUCGCUUGGUGUACUGUCGUCAUAGAGACGAUCGAAACAAACAGAAAGAGUACAAAUGACAACAGUGUCUAUAGUAACAAACAAUUUAUUGCAUCACAUAAAUCUGAAUAUUUUUGAUACGAAGCUGUCGAUGCUUCUGAUGUAUAACCCUACGUAACAUAAAAGGUAGAGCAUCGAACACGGGAGUGUGUGAAUAAAUUUAGUUGGAACAAUGUCGGUAGAUCACAAUGAAAAAUACAUCUUCGAUGCCGAAUGGUACGAUAAAAUAGCUAGUAUUUUAAAGAAGUUUUAUCUGUAUUAUUAUCCGUCCGACAAUACCGUGGAACUGUUCGACUUGAAGGCCAGAAAGAUAUUUUUAAGGAGAACGAAAUGCGAAGGUAUAGAGGCAAAACAUUUUUACCCCGGUGCCACCGUGACGAUAUUUUCACGGAGCAUAAGGAUAACAGAUUACGCGGACUGUGUGACGCGAACGAAAUUGCAAACGAAGAUGCAGAAGACGUUCGCGAUGGUGAAACCUAGCAUCGUCGACAAGUUCGGCGAAAUAUUGAAGUAUAUAGUGUCCAACAAUUUCCACGUGGCGAACAUAAAAAUGGUGAAGUUGUCUCAGGAGCAGGCGAGACGAUUCUGCGAUUAUAAAGAGCAGAGUAACAUAGCGUAUAUGGUAAAUUAUCUCACUUCUGGUCCUAUCGUAGCUCUAGAACUGUUGGGUGAUCAUGCAGUCACGCGUUGGUUGGAAGCAAUGGGACCAGAAGAUAGCAAGGAGGCUAUUGAGAAAGCUCCGUCCUCGCUGAGAGCGCGUUACGGCAAAGAUGUGAUACAUAAUGCGGUGCAUGGUUCUGAGAACGAGGAAAGAGCGGAGAAGGAAUUAGAAUUCUUCUUUCCCGAUCCAAAGACCGGUAAGAAGGGGCCAGCGAAUACGGCGACACUGGAGAAUUGCACUUGCUGCAUCAUUAAACCACACGCGGUACAAUCCAAGUUGACCGGAGAUAUCAUCGACGAUGUUCAGAAAGCUGGUUUCGCUGUAUCUGCCGUACAACAGUUCGUCGUUAAUUCGUUUGACGCAGAAGAAUUUUUAGAAGUUUACAAGGGAGUUCUUCCCGAUUACGCGGCGAUGGUAGGAGAGCUACAAUCAGGGCCGUGCAUCGUCAUGGAGAUAAAGCACAAGGACGAAAAGUUCGAUGUUCAGGGAGAAUUUCGAAAAUUGUGCGGACCCAUGGAUCCGGACAUCGCGCGGCAAGUGAGACCGGACACGCUUCGUGCCAAGUAUGGGAAGACCAAAGUACAAAACGCGGUGCACUGUUCCGAUUUACCAGAGGACGGGACUCUGGAGGUGAUACACACUUUCGGUCUCGCGCGAUCUAACAUUGAUUCACGUAGAACGAUCAAUCUUAUUUGUACAGGUGGAGUAUUUCUAUAAGAUUCUGGACAGCAGUUGAGUCGGCGUGAUGGAAAUUGAAAGUACGACAAAUUUAAUCGUUGUCCGUUGUCACGUUUAUCGAUCUGACCAUUUGAUGAUACGCGAACAAAUUCGCUGCCUUUUACAGGAUUCCUGCAUCCAUUCGUGGAACUAUAUUAAACAUGUUUGUAAUUAGGAUAUAUCGGAACAUUAAUUUUUUACAACAAAGAACGCUUUUACUA